AAAAAGCUGAAUUUUUAAAAAAGAAUGCCAUUAAUGCACAAGAUAUUCUUAACACAUUAAGUGAUAGAAAACCAUAUGUUGUCAUUUUUCUGUUGGAUUGCUGUAGACAAUAUUUCUUAAGAAACACUGAUCUAAAUAGAGGUGCUUUAAACGCAAACGAAUAUCAAUCAGUUGGACUGACAGCGAUGCAUAAAGCAGGCUCUUUGGUUGCUUUUGCUUGUGCGCCUGGUGCAUUAGUCGACGAUAAACCUGAAGAAAAAAACAGUUUAUUUAUGAAACAUCUUUUGAAACAUCUUCCAACUCCGAAUGAAGACAUUGUAAAUACACUGCGAAAUGUGACUCGUGGAGUGAUGCAGGAUUCUAAUUCAAAACAGAUUCCAUUUAUGAGUGUUCAAUUAUGUCACAACAAUAUAUACAUGUACGAGCAAACUGACGGUAAGAAUAAUAGUUUUCGAUGGAGUGAAACAAGAGUUACUAUAAGACGUAUGUCAUCGGCACAAUGUAUGCACAUUCAGUGA